UUCCAGUUUGCAGGGACACACCCAGAGCUUACACCAUUUGUUGUUGUUUGGCUCCCUUAUAUAACCCUGUCUUGGGGUUUGAACUUCACUGAAAAUCCGCAAGACAGAAUAGCCGGAUCUCAGAGGAACCUGGCUAAUCAAAACACUGCAGAACGGCUACCUACUUCACAGCAAUCAUGAGUACAAAUGCUGAUGAUCAUCAGGUCAAGGAUAGUCUGGAGCAGUUGAGAUGUCACUUUACAUGGGAGAUAUCAGUUGAGGAUGAUGAAAUACCCGAUUUAGAAAACAGAGUCUUGGACCAGAUUGAAUUCCUAGACACCAAAUACAAUGUGGGAAUACACAACCUACUAGCCUAUGUGAAACACCUGAAAGACCAGAAUGAGGAAGCCCUGGAGAGCUUAAAAGAAGCUGAAGACUUAAUCCAGAAAGAACAUGCCAACCAAGCAGAUGUGAGAAGUCUGGUGACCUGGGGCAACUUUGCCUGGGUAUAUUACCACAUGGGCAAACUGGCAGAAGCCCAGACUUACCUGGACAAGGUGGAAAACAUUUGCAAGAAGUUUUCAAAUCCCUUCCGCUAUAGGAUGGAAUGUCCAGAAAUAGACUGUGAGGAAGGAUGGGCCUUGCUGAAGUGUGGAGGAAAGAAUUAUGAACGGGCCAAGGCCUGCUUUGAAAAGGCUCUUGAAGUGGACCCUGAAAACGCUGAAUUCAGUGCUGGGUACGCAAUCUCUACCUAUCGCCUGGACGGCUUUAAAUUUGCAACAAAAGAUCACAAGCCAUUUUCUUUGCUUCCCCUAAGGCAGGCUGUCCGUCUAAAUCCAGACAAUGGAUAUAUUAAGGUUCUUCUUGCCCUGAAGCUUCAGGAUGAAGGACAGGAAGCUGAAGGAGAAAAGUAUGUUGAAGAAGCUCUGACCAGUAUGUCUUCACAGACCUAUGUCUUUCGAUAUGCAGCCAAGUUUUAUCGAAGAAAAGGCUCUGUGGAUAAAGCUCUUCAGCUCUUAAAAAUGGCCUUGCAGGCAACACCCACUUCUGCCUUGCUGCAUCACCAGAUAGGGCUUUGCUACAAAGCACAAAUGAUCCAAAUCAAGGAAGCUACAAAAGGGCAGCCUAGAGGGCAGAACAGAGAAAGGGUAGACAAAAUGAUAAGAUCGGCCAUAUUUUAUUUUGAAUCUGCAGUGGAAAAAAAGCCCACAUUUGAAGUGGCUCUUCUAGAUCUGGCAAGAAUGCAUAUAGAAGCGGGCAAUCACAGGAAAGCUGAGGAAAUUUUUCAAAAACUGUUACGCACGAACCCAGUAGUAGAAGAAACAAUGCAAGACAUACAUUUGCACUAUGGCCGCUUUCAGGAAUAUCAAAAGAAAUCUGAGGUCAAUGCAAUUAUCCAUUAUUUAAAAGCUAUAAAAAUAGAACAGGCAUCAUUAGCAAGGGAUAAAAGUAUCUAUUCUUUGAAGAAAUUGGUUUUAAGGAAACUUCAGAGAAAUGCAUUAGACCUGGAAAGCUUGAGCCUCCUCGGGUUUGUGUACAAAUUGAAAGGAAAAAUGAAUGAAGCCCUGGAGUACUAUGAGCAGGCCCUGAGACUGGCUGCUGACUUUGAGAACUCUGUGGGACAAGGUCCUUAGGCACCCAAAUAUCAGCCACUUUCACAUUUCAUUUGUUUUUAUGCUAACAUGUACUAAUCAUCUUUUCUGCUUACUCUUUUCAGAAACAUUAUAAUUCACUGUAAUGAUGUAAUUCUUGAACAAUUACUCAAAUCUAAUAAAAUAUUAGUUGCAUUCAACAAUUAGUGAAACAGAAUGUGUGUGUGCAUGUAGGAAAGAGAAACCAUUUGUAUGAGUGCUAUUUAGUAGAGAAAAAUAUUAGGUAACUCUGUAGGAAAUAAAAUACUGGACUUAAUUAAACUAAAUGUUUGAUUCAUUCAUUUUAUUGUGAAAUAAAAUUCUUAGCUCCUUUA